AUGACAUCGAAGCUAUUCCUCAAGACAUUCAACAUGGCGACUAGACAUCGGUUAGACAAGCGAGAGAUAUGUGGCCUGCAUAGUACUGUCAGAGGAACUCUGUUCUGCAGCCGAGUGAUGGGGUUACUCCCUGUCUCUGGUCUCACUUGUCCUACUAGCCGGAGGUUGAGGUUCACAUUCCGGUCUCCAUACACGGUCCUGUACGUGGCGAGUUUGUUCGGCCAGCUACUGAUGUUCGUCAUGACCUUCUGUUGGCUGAUGAUGAACGGCAUCUCCUUAGCUAAUAUAACAAACGCAGUAUUCUACACAUCAAGCCUGAUUUCAUCAUUAAUCCUACUACACAUCGGUCGCUGCUGGCCCGCGCUGGUGGGCAGCGUGGAGACGCUGGAGCGCGAGUUGCCUCCCUUCCACAGGAACGUGGCCUCCAUCAGCAACAUCACCACUAUAUUCAUAUUGACUGCUGCUAUUGUGGAACAUCUUCUUUCAGUGUUUUAUGGAUUGAAAGUAGCAUGCGCUUGUGACUCUAACAAUGUGGCUGAAAACUAUUUUCGCUUUAACAUGCCUUGGAUCUUUGAUUAUACGCCGUUUACUAUAUGGAAGGGGGCUCUUAGUGAGUUGUUUAAUAUUCAGUCGACGUUUGUGUGGAGUUUGAACGACCUGCUCAUCAUGGUGACCAGUAUCUACCUGACGGAACAUCUGCUCAUACACAACGAGCUCCUCAAAAAGGCUGCAGAACAGGGUGCGUCCACAUAUAGCGAAUGUGCGGAUCACGCGCGGUUCGCGAGCUACCCGCGAGCCAAUCACGGCAAUGGUUUUGUUCGAGCCCGAUGUAGACGUACCCUUAAGAAGAUAAGAACGGACUGGCUGGACGGCAAGCACGUGGUGUUCGGUCACGUGAUCUCCGGGCUGGACGUGGUGAAGAAGAUGGAGAAGUACGGCAGCAAGAGCGGCACCGUCUCCAGCAAGGUCACCAUCAGCAACUGUGGAGAAUUACAAUGA